AUGGAAAGAAAGGAUAAGGAGCGAAGGUUGUCGAUACUAAAACCACAGCAGCCUCCAAACAUUGACAAUGGCGAGUUGUCAACGACAAUAACAGUAAAGAGACGUGUUAGCUUUCACACUGUUCGGACUGUUCAAGAAUUUGAUGCAGAACACAGUAAGAUCGUGCAUUCUCCUCAUAGUGAACCUAUGAAAUUGUACGACACGACAAGUUCAGAUGGUUUAACCUCGGAGCAAGUGAAUUCUGCUUGUGAGUCAAAAGGUGAAUAUGCAGCAGAAAUCAACACAAAUAAAUUUAACCACACAGUAGAGAAUUUCAUGCCAGUAACAACAUCUACACCGCUUUCUCGCUCGAAAGAUCUGAAUGAUUUAAUUGACGAUUUGACUCUCGAAGGUAGAGAUACUGACGAUGAUGCUGAAAUAUGCAAUCUAGCGCAAUCUCAUAAUACCACAAGAAGGGAGGAAAUAAAUGAUGCACUGGAACGCAUUUUGGAAGAAACGAUUCAGAAUGAAAAACUGGAUGUUUUGGAGGCAGAAUCGAUGGAUAUGAGCAAUUCAAAUCAUCCAUCUCCUGUAACAACUGAUGCGACCAGAAAGCUAUUCAGACAAUCUGCCAUUCUCCAACAUUUUAUGAACAGUUCAAAUCAGCAAUCAGGCAUGUACGAUGAAACCUUGGCAUCAAAUCCAACACGAUUUAUUUUCAAAGGUGGCGAAAGCAGCAGAUAUCAAAGUGAAGUUACAAAUGAGGGGUUGAAAAUGGAUACUGAAAAAUUAUCUGUGAUGAUGUCAUAUUCAGGCACUGCUGACAUGGACAUUUCUUCUGGCGAUGGCCAAGUACUCGAGGUACUAAUGGGUUCAUCUUUCAAACAACUUGCAGCUGCAUCAGACGGUGCCGAUGAACCAACAAACAUUUUAUUUGAAACUAAUAAUGUUGGAAAAGUUACAGAAGCGUCAAAUCAUAAAGAGGAUUUAAAAAGUAUCGUUAUGGUUGAUGACAUUCAGAUUUCAAACAAUGUUUCUUCAAACGUGGAAUCAUUGGCUCCUCAAGUCAACGUUGCAUGUGAUUUAUCGAUGAAUUUUGUUCAUAAUGCUGAUCAAGUUGCACAUUCUGGUGAUGACAUUGUUCUGGAACUUUCCUCACAGCUUGAUCGGCAGCAUAUAUCCAAUGAGUUUCUUCCACUGGUUCGCAAAACAUCACUUCAAUCACCUGCAGCUUUACCAAAGAAGAAAAUUCGUUUAUUCAGUCCAAAAGUCAUUCUUCCGCCGAAAACAAGCAAAAUAUUGUUUGGGUCACCAAGAGUCGGCGCUGCAAAGAUUGCUUCAAGCCCUGUUGCUAAAGCAGAUCCGGUAAAUACUUCCGAAAAUACAACGAGCAUGGACAAGUCUACUGAUAAGGUUUUAACCGAAAUCAAACAUCGACUGCGUCGUAGCUUAAAUCAUUCCGGAGUGUUCACUUUGUCGGAACUUUCUGCUGGUAAUGCUGAUAAUAUCGGUAUGUUGUAUGAUAUCCCCAUGCCAGAACCAUUGCUUCACUCGGAUGAACUCAACAGUCAAGUUUCAACAGCAGAAUCUUUCAAUACCGAAAUACAUACAGCUACUGAACAGUCCUACGUUGAAUCUUCAUCGCUAUCUUCGCGUCACUCUGAAAUUGUCACAGCAGCUUUGGGGAAUGACUCAAGCUUCCUAACGAGUCGUGUUGAUACUGUGGGAUUCAAUAUCAAUUUUAGGACAAUACCAUGUUUACGAAUUAAGCCAAAUGAGCAGCCACAAAUUGUGGAACUCAAGCGGUUGGCAACGACAAAUUUGCGUAGACGUAUCGCCGAAGUUGUUGAUAGGUGUAAAGGUCUGAUCAGCACGGAGCUUCCAAAUUGCAGCGAUCGAAAAAUCGCUGAAUGUAUAAGAACAUUAAAUCCUAGAAAACUAUCAAAAAAAGAAGUUAGUUGGUUCGAUGUAUGUUAUCUGAUGGCUCAACGGGAGUGGUUCGUAUUAAGAGCUAAAUUGGCCAAAUUGACAAGUGAAAAAUUGGAUGAACUAUUGCUUGAGACGAAAGCUGAAUCAGAUCAGAAAAAGUGGUUAGCACAAUCCAUGGAGGAUUAUCAACGAAGUCGUGAUGAAGUAAUGCAGCGUCAUGCUCAAUUGAAAUCAUUAGAUGAAGCUGUCGAUAGUGAAGUACAAAAUGAAAUGAAACUUGACGAAUUAACACAAGCGAAGCGUGUUGGACGUUUAGAAAUUGUGCAGAAAGAAUUGGAACUUACGAAGAAACAGGGCGCACUUACAAAAGUUUUGUUAAAAGAAUAUGAUAAAACGAAGUCUGUUAUGGAAGCGAAGAUGGCAAAGAAAACUGCACAGCGAGCAGAAUUUUUACGAAAAUAUGACGAAGAUGUCGCGGGGUAUCGCGAAUUAUUGACUGAAAAACAACAGAAAGAUUGA